ACUAUAAUGAAGUUGUUUAUAUUUUUUAACGCAACAAUCUUAAAUUCUGCGAAACGCAGAAAACCUGUUUGAUCUGAACACAAACGUAAAAGUGGUGGGAUAUAAAUUAUACAUAAUAUAUAUUUAUUAUCCGUGAUGUAUACUGUAUAUAGUAACGUAAAGUUAAUUAUUAUAAUAUUCAAUAUUUUACUUCGAGAUACGGAUGUAAUGAAUCGAUAAAUUAUUUACUAUAAUAAUAUAGGUAAUCAUUAAAAAUAUAUUUAGGUACUUAAAAUCGUAUGAAUCAGUUUUUCGUUAAAUAAAAUAGAUGUCUAAGAAAGACCGCUUAUUUUAACUACAAAUCGCAAAUUUAUCCAAAGGUGCCAUUAACGCUCGAUCGUGAUUCCCACUCCGGACAUGUAAGCGUGGUGCGAGCUGUUGAGCUUGCAAAAAUAUUAACCACCACGACUUCGAUACUACUUAGUAAAUAGUGCGUAUUAGUACCUACUGGCCCUAUAAUACCUUUUUUUUUUUUAUAACAUAUUCUUGCGUAUCAUACGACGUGUACCUAACUAUCGAUAAUUUAUUUUUCGAAAAUGGAAAAUAAUCGAUUAUUUAAAGUUUUAAUAAGUAACAUUAUAUUGAUCAUCUUUUGUGUUUUCAAGACAUCAUCACAAGUAGUUGUACAAAAUCUUGGCUUGGAUGAAGGUACGUCGAUUUGCUUUAAGAGUGACAUAUGUCGAAAGGGCCGAACAUCAGAACAAGAUUAUGUGUGCAAGAGUGCAAGAAAUUGUAAUACUUUCCUAGAAAGUAUUAGAACUAAUAAUCAUCUUGACAUAUGUAAGUUCGUUGUUUUAGAACCAAUAGUGUGCUGUCCGGCGAUGACUAAUGAACUGAUAAUUGAAUUACCAGAAAGUAAUAAUGAAAAUUCAAUAUCUGCCGAUAAAAAAUGUCAUGAAUAUUUCAAAUUAAAGCAAGCAAUGCAAAGUGGGGCUCCAUUUGAGUCUCAGUUACCUCCAUUGUCAGUUGUGGGUGGUAUACCAGCCAACAUAAAACAGUUUCCACACAUGGCGCUAAUAGGAUAUGGUGACACAACAGCAGAUGGAGAGGAUUGGAGAUGCGGAGGUUCGCUGAUAAGCGAAAGGUGGAUAUUGACUGCAGCGCACUGUCAACAGAGUUCUGGGAAUAUGAUGGCUCGUUGGGUUCGCCUCGGAGUUUCAGAAAGAGUCCCUACACUCUUAAAUGAAAGAAAUGAAGCUCGGUCCAAGGACUAUCGAAUAGUGGAGCAUAUAAUACAUCCCGAUUAUAAGCCACCUUUGCUGUACAACGAUAUAGCUUUAUUUCGUUUGGAACGCGAAGUCGAAUUCUCCGAAAAAGUGAGACCCAUUUGUCUCAACUCAGAUCCAUAUUUAACACCAAUAAAACAGAUAGUUACUGGUUGGGGAAGAAUUUCAACGGCUGGACCACUUAGUGAUAAUUUGUUAAAAGUGGAUUUGGAUAUUUUUCCGGUGAAUCGGUGUAAUGAAAGUUAUUUUUCAUAUAAUAAUCAAAAAUUACGGUUUGGCAUACUACCCGACAGCAUGAUAUGUGCGGGUUCGUUUGAUGGUGAAAGAGACGGUUGUUCGGUACGAACUAUGAAAGUUGGUGAUUCAGGAGGUCCACUUCAAUUAGAACAUGUCAACUACGGGGGCAUGUAUACACAAUACGGGAUUACAUCUUUUGGGAAAUUUUGUGCUGACAAGGAUACACCUGGAAUUUAUACUAGAGUAGCCAAAUACAUAUCUUGGAUCGAAAAAAUAGCGUUUUCAAAUAACUAAAGAUGUUUGAUACAAUUUAAUACAAAUAAAUAGUUGAUUUCUAUUUGUUUAGAUUCUGUGAGAGGAGCAAUGAACAUAUUGGUUGUUUCAAUGAUUGUGUAAGUGUUUUUUUGAAUGUGUACAAAUACGAUUUGAUAAAAGUUGUUCAUAAAGAUAUUUUAAUAAAAAAAUAUCGAAUAUA